GGGCAUACCUAGUAGAAACACGAUCCGACAUGACGAUGAUAGCUGAUAGAUGAUAGUUGAUAAUUCAUGGUUGAUAGUUGAUAGCAGCAACAUAAAAAACGACUUGGGUCAUUCAUUUCCUUCGUGCUACUGCUACUACGCGCAUCUAUAGUUAUUAAGAAUAAUAUCUAACGUAACGUAAAGACUGGAUAGAGAGCCGACCACCUCCUCCCCAACCUUAGUAUUAUAUUAUGUCGAUCCGGGUUGUCGGAUCAAGAGAUCCCCCCCACCUGUCCUUGUUUCUCUCUGUCCGUCUGGUCUGUGUGUCUGUUCUUCUAUCUUCCGCAGCAGAGAGAGAGACAAUAAUUAAAAAGGAGCUUGGGGGAGCUUCAUCGCAUAUAUACCUACGUAUAUAUAUAGCCCGGUAUACUUCCCAGACCAGGCCAGGACCAGAGCCACCCUCCCCCCCGUUAUCAAUAAUACGUGCCUGGAUCGAUGCAUACGUGUCUCGAGAUACUUCAUCGAACUUGAUAUUCAUCCUUCAUGUCUCUUUCCCGCUACCACUUCCUCUUCUCAUCCUCUUCUCUUCUCUUGGUCUCUUCCCCUUUCUUCCAUUCGUCAAAAAAUGAAAAAAAAAAAAAAAUCCUGUAGAAAAAGAAAACGCCUUAUGCUCCCCAAUUAUAGCGGCCGUAGCACCUUUGUUGGGGCCCUAUUAGACUAACGCGCGCGAAGA